CACAUACACACACACACACACACGCACACACACACGCACACAAACGCAGUCAGGCAGCAGCAGCAGCAGCAGACGCUCAGUGCUGCUCUCAGUGUGCGGAGCGGGGGAGGAGGACCGACGGCACAGUAGUUAUGCCUCAGCUCUGGGAAUAUAUAUCUCCCCUCUGUCUCUCUCUCUGUCGAGCGCGCUGUUUUUGUUCUCUUCUCAUUUUUACCUGUCUCCUUUUUUUUGGAGAAGGCGGUAAGGAAAGCCAGCUGUGCGUCAUGGUGCGUGUUUGCGCAUUAUUUCUGGAUCUUUAAAAAAAAAGUGAUUUAUUUUGCCUGGACUAAAAUGAAGCGCUUUUCCUGUGUGAAGGAGAAGAGAGGUGGCGUUUCGCUGUCCGUGUCUCUUCCCUGAAUAUUUGGCUGCAGCUGCUGGUGAUCUGCGUGAAGACACUGAAUAAAUCGGCGCUCUCAAUAAGGUAAAAAGGGUUGCAGUAAGCGGCUUUUUCUCCCUCCGAUUCUGCUCUGUCUCUGACAAUGUGCCAAGUCCAUCCACCGCAUAGGAUCCCGUUGAUUUGCGAUGGUUUUGCUUUUUGUCUUUUUCAGGAUUGAUUUUUUUGGGAGACGGAUUUUGGAUUUUUUUGUUUUUUUAAUUUAAAGUGAAGGUCAAUGGAGAAAUUUGAUAAUCUCCUUUUAACAUACUAAUAACGGUUAGUGCGCCUGUUUUCUGCGUGCCUGUAUAUUUGUGUGUGUGUGUGAGUGUUUGUAUGUGUGAGAGCGCCUCUACCUCCUUUUUCCAUCACCCUGCUCUGAGAUCUCACCCCCUGAUUUUUUUUUUUUUAAUCUCCAUCCAAGGCUUACGCUGCAAAUUUAAAUGCUGGAUCUAUAUUUCAGCGACCAUUUUUGGCUGUAAAAAUGCUGAGCGGCGUCCUCUUGCUGAGCGUCCUCACGGUCACCAGCCUGUCACCGUCCGAAACGGAGAGCCGCAAAACUUCAGCCUCCAAAGAGAUCUGCAAGAGCCGCUGCAGCUGUGAGGAGCGGGAGAACAUCCUCAACAUCAACUGUGAGAAUAAAGGAUUUACCACCGUCACUCAGUUCCAGGCGCCCCCAAAUAAAAUCUCACAGCUUUUUCUAAAUGGGAACUUCCUGUCACGGCUCAGCGCCAAUGAAUUCGUCACUUAUGGCAAUGUCACCUCACUGCAUCUGGGGAAUAACGGCUUGCAGGAGAUCCGAACAGGCGCAUUUAAUGGGCUGCGCUUCCUGAAGCGGCUCCACUUGAACAACAACAACCUGGAGGUGAUCAAAGAGGACACCUUUGCAGGGCUGGAGAGUUUGGAGUAUUUACAGGCAGACUAUAAUUACAUCAGCGCCAUAGAGCCGGGUGCUUUCAGUAAGCUGAAUAAGCUAAAAGUGUUGAUCCUAAAUGACAACCUGCUGUUGUCUUUGCCUCCCAACAUUUUCCGCUUUGUGCUCCUCACCCACUUGGAUUUACGUGGCAACCGGCUCAAGAUGCUGCCGUUUGCUGGGGUUUUAGAGCACAUAGGCGGCAUCAUGGAGAUCCAGCUGGAGGAAAACCCAUGGAAUUGCACUUGUGAUCUGAUUCCCCUCAAAUCCUGGUUGGACACUAUUUCUGUCUUUGUGGGGGACAUAGUGUGUGAGACACCAUUCAGGCUGCAUGGUAAAGACAUCACCCAGCUCAUAAAGCAGGAUCUGUGCCCGCGCAGGAAUGCUGGGGACCGUGUUCAACCCCCCUCUGACUCUCACUUUCAAGGGGCCCUGCCCCCGACCUACCACCCUGGCAUGAUAACCCCCACCCGUUCCCCAAAAGCUUCCCGCCCGCCCAAAAUGCGCAGGCCUACCCCUCGCAUCACAAAGGACAAACAAGUCUUCGGGCCUAUAAUGGUUUACCAGACGCGCUCCCCUGUGCCCAUGCUAUGUCCCAGCGUGUGCGUGUGCACAUCACAAAACCCUGACAGUGGAUUGAACAUAAAUUGCCAAGAGCGGAAGUUGCAUAACAUCAGUGAGUUGAACCCUAAGCCCUCUUACCCAAAGAAACUUCACCUGACUGGUAACUACUUACAAGUGAUUUACAGGACUGAUCUCACUGAGUACAGCUCGCUGGAGCUGCUUCAUUUAGGAAAUAACAGGAUUGCAGUGAUUCAGGAAGGAGCAUUUGAAAAUCUAACAAACCUCAGACGGCUCUAUCUGAAUGGGAAUUACAUUGAAUCGCUUUCUCAAUCCCUCUUUGCUGGCCUGCAGUCACUCCAGUAUCUGUAUUUGGAAUAUAACAUAAUCAAAGACAUUUUACCACAAACGUUUAACUCACUGCAUAACCUUCAGCUGCUUUUUCUCAACAACAACCUGUUAAGAUCCCUCCCUGACAAUGUUUUCAGUGGUACCAUGCUAACGAGACUCAAUUUAAGGAAUAAUCAUUUCUCCUACCUUCCGGUUCGUGGGGUGCUGGACCAGCUGUCAGCAUUUAUCCAGAUUGACCUUCAGGAGAACCCCUGGGACUGCACCUGUGACAUUGUGGCACUCAAAAAUUGGAUGGAGCUGUCCAGUACCAGCGUAGUGGUUAACGAAAUCACUUGUGAUUCGCCCUCUAAACACGCGGGUCGCCUGCUGCGCUCGCUUCGCAAUGAGGCCAUCUGCCCUGAGCCCAGUGAGGUGCCCCCGCCACAACAUGCACCCCCUACAAAAGCCCCCACGUUAAUAAGCCCUGGCACUGUGGUCACCACUCCUUCCUCUUCUUCCUCUUCUUCUUCCUCUUCUUUUUUUAGCUCCAUCAGCCCCACUGAAUCCCGAAUCCACACUCCUGAGUUACACCCUGAGGUCCCACUUUCAGUUCUGAUUCUUGGGCUCCUUGUUGUUUUCAUCCUCUCAGUCUGCUUUGGUGCAGGCCUCUUUGUUUUUGUUCUGAAGCGGCGCAAAGGUGUGGAACACGUCCCCACAGGCGCCAACAACCUAGAUCUCAACUCUUUUCAAGUGCAAUAUGGCUCCUACACUCCUGAACUGACCCAAGACAAAACCUCAGAAAGCCACGUUUACAAUUACAUCCCCCCACCUGUGGGCUCCAUGUGCCAAAACCCUAUUUACAUGCAGAAGGAUGGUGAACAGGUGGCAUAUUACCGCAAUCUGAAGGAGCUCAGCUUUGGGCCCCUGGACGCAAAGAAGGAUGUCCUCACACGCAGCCCAGGGGCUUACACCAUCAGCACAAUGGAUUUUAUGGAUAAAUCUCCAACAUCGUGCGGUUUGACCACGCCAGAUCCUCCUGAGAUGUUGUAUCAAAACUUGGGGGAAAGGCCCCACAAGGAGCUUCCCACAGCUGCAGGUGCCCCCCCUUUCCAUUACAAUUUUUGCACUUUACCUAAGAGACCUUGCAUCGUGCCCCCCUAUGAGGCUGCUACAGCCCGGCGGCAUAUCACCAAUCAGGACAGGUUAAACAAAACUGUGCUUUACGGGACCCCCAGGAAAUACUACGGGGCCGAACAUCCCUCCAAAAACAAUGAGCACCCGCUUCUGCUCCCUGGGAAGCUAAAAACAGAACCAGACUACCUGGAGGUUCUGGAGAAACAGACUGCGAUGAGCCAACUGUAAGAUAGUGACAAUGCCCCCCCCUCCCCUUAGGUUCUGUGCAGCAUUCAUAAUAAUCACGCAGUUAUUGUCAUAAUAGCCCUCUCUAUAUAUCUAUCUUAUCUAUAUGUGUUCAAUCCUUCAUGAUUGACUGGAAAUGAAUCCUUUGAUGAUCUUUUUUCUCUCUUCCUUUUCUUCUCUUUCUUUUUUGUCAAGAUGUAUAAACGGAGUAUAAGAAGUAUAUUAUUAUGCAGUUCUAUUUCUUUUUCUCCUGGGAGGUAUAAAUUAUUACUUUUUUUUUUUUUUUUGUUGAAAAUGAAAUUCCAAAAGACUUUGAUGGCAGGUAUACAAUGGGCAGGACUGCGUACAAAAACAGCUUUGUGCUUUUCAUAAAACUGUAUUUUAUUUUCCCUGUGGAAAACAGAAAAAAAGUAUGAAAUAAUUAUUCUUUGUAGAAGAGGAAAUGCUACAGAUUGACAUUCCUGUACAUACUUAGCAUACACAGAUAAAUGGUGAGUGUUAAAAGAGAACCUUUUCAAAAUCCAACAAGUGGCAAAAUCUUACUAUAGUUACUCCAGAAAGUGCCUUUGCACUCAACUAUUUUAUCAACAAUGCUCUCUGCAAAUGUUCCUUAUUUUGAAAGUGCUGUAUUUUAAAGAAACCUUUAUGUAAAAUAGAAGACUUAUUUGUCUGUUUAAAAAGGAAAAAAAAGAAAAUUAUAAUUUGAUUCUGGGUGUGAAGUGAUAUAUGAGGUCUUGAUUGGGAGAAUUAUGUUAUUUUGCUUUGAAUAUGAAGUGUCUUUGGAGAUGUACAACUUAUAGAGAAUAUUGUAUGCUAUAGGGGAGCAAUACAGCGCGGUGAAAUUGCGCCAUUAAACUUUCACUGAAGCACUUUGUCAA